CGCACCGCAAGACUGUGAAUGAUCAUCAUGGUGGUGGGGCAUCGGUUUAAACUGCAGGGUUGUUGGGUCUGUGCCAAUUUUUUCCGCGGAGCGGUAGAUUCCGCGUAACCCCUUUCCCCCCAACUCUUUACUGCCAGUGCCGCUCCCGGCAUUAUCAAUCCAAAUCGAGAAUCUUUCCAAGAUCUUGCUUCUUCCUAUUGUUGGGAGUGCCGCAUAUGCCACGUUGGUUUGUCUGAUGCACAAGAAGAAGCUCAGCCGUUACGCAUGGAGGUUGGUGGAGUGUGCAUUACGGUACAAUGGCUCUCGUCUUUUCUCUUCCACAUGCAAUGCUUGUUUCGAUGACGGAGGGCGUUGUGGGAAGUAGGUGUUUGGAGUGGGAAGGGGCUUGUGUUCCUUUGGUGAUGGGUCGAUUGAAGGCGAUGCCGGGAUCCGAGGUUGAAGGGUCUCAUUGAUGGGCGUCGUUGGUGGAGAGUGUAAUUUUGGCGUGUCGGUUGCUGUAUGUUGACCAUGGCGGCGUUUUUAGGGGUGUUGUUUGCGUUCUUGUGCUCUGUGGGGGCAUGCGGAGUGGCGCUAUGGCACGUCUAUCGUCACCUGUGCAACUACACGGAACCUAUCUACCAGCGCUACACUGUUCGGAUUAUUCUCAUGGUGCCUGUCUACUCUGUAAUGUCAUUUUUAGCUCUGGUUCUGCCCAAGCAUGCGAUAAUCUUCAAUUCAAUUAUUGGAAUAUACGAGGCAUUGGUUAUCUACAAUUUUCUGUCCCUUUGUCUUGCUUGGGUUGGUGGACCAGGGGAAGUUGUAACUAGGCUAUCCGGAAAUGCAUUGCAGCCAUCUUGGCAUCUCAUGACUUGCUGUUGUGCAGCCAUUCCACUUGAUGGGCGCUUUAUUCGAAGGUGUAAGCAAGGAGUCCUACAGUUUGUCAUCUUGAAGCCAUUGCUGGUUCUGGCAGCAAUUAUUCUUUACUACAACAACAAAUACGAGGAAGGAAGCUUUUAUGUUGGAGGGGGCUAUUUGUAUAUCACUUUGAUUUACACUGUAGCUUAUUCUUGUGCUCUUGGAGCACUGGUACUCUUUUACGUAGCCUGCAGGGAACUCCUGACGCCGUAUAAAGCCUUGCCCAAAUUCAUUCUCGUGAAGUCUGUGGUUUUUCUUACGUACUGGCAAGGUGUCGUAAUAUUUAUUUUCUCGGAGGCUGGAUCUGUCGAUACUCCCCAGGAGGCCGCUGACUAUCAAAAUGUCUUGAUCUGCGGGGAGAUGCUCCUUGCAGCUUUUGCUCAUCUUUAUGCCUUUCCCUACAAGGAUUAUGCAGAGGCCAAUGUUGGAGGCGUGGAAACCAGUCCAUGGCGAAGCCUUUUUCAUGUUCUUAACCUUAUUGAUGUGGUCUAUGAUACAAUGCACCAGUUUGCCCCUGCCUAUCACGACUAUGUGCUCUACAGCAACGAUCCCGAGGGCGCCCCGAAGCGUUAUCGUACUCGUACAUUCGUUCCUACUGGACAGGAGAUGGAAAGCACAAGGGUUGGAAAGAGUCCGAGGCAUUCUGGUACCAAAAGCACGUUUAAGGACUCCUCUAAUGCAGUGUUCUCUGAGAUGUCCGUCCCAAAUGGGGCUUCCAGAAACCAGGACUUGAUUCAAGGUAGGAUUAUUGAUACCAAUGAUGGCCCUCUUAUUAAUGACGCAGAAUUCAGGCGGUCCUAUGAUAUGUCACCGUUGGAGCCAGCUGUAAUUACGCAACAGUCCGUUGGUGCAAGGUUGCCAUGAUCGACCAGCUUAGUAGAAAAACGGGUAUCUCAUUCCAUAUGACAUCAUGAGCCUUAAAAACCAGGCAAUGAAGUUUACAAACAACGAAGAAUCAUCUUGGGAGUAGAAAAGAAAGGGGCCGUUUCGUUCACUCCCACUUUCGUUUUGUGAUCAUUGUGUUCACAAUUUUUGAAGGAGAAUGCCAACAGGUCCGAAGCUGAGAGUUACCAUUUUAUGGGGUAGCAUUCAUCUUUGCCAUCCUCUGAGUAAUCGGCUGAGUGACAACAGCUAUUGUCCGUAUAAUACCUCAGGUUUUGCAUCAGGUUUUGCAGGUGAAUGUGAAAAUAAAAUUAGUUGGAAAUUUUGAGGUUGGCCGAAAUUGGUGAGAAGAUAUUUCGCAUCAAGGAUGCGGGAAACUCAGCUUCCAAAAUGAAACAAAAAAAAUUCAAAAGCUUUUCAGAAAUUAUGGAUGGCGAGUAUUUUACAUUAUUUGGUGGUUUCAGAGCCGAAUAGACACAAUGCCUCAGCUCCAAUAUCAUUUUGAAAAUAUAAUUGGAAACAUAUUGGGUUGCAAGAAACCUAUUUAUUAUGUAAUUAUAAUAUUUGAUAUAAUAUUUCUAUCUCAGAAAAGUGUGACAAUUUUGUAAAAGGUUAUGUUCUUAAAUUUUGAAGACAAUAGAAAGAUAGAAAAUUCUUUAUUUGAAUGUUUUAUAAUGUAUAUUAUAACAUUUAUUUAUUUAUACAAGUAUAGAGUUCAA